GUUACAACUGGUGCAUUGAGGUCAUCCGAACAUCAAAUCUGUCGUGGCUGGCCAACGAGCUGGAGCUGAACAAGGCGCUGGUCUACUACUUGCGCCAGAACGACGUCAACCAGGCCAUUGAGACGCUGCAGAUGUACGAUCGCAAGAGCGAGAGCUCCAUGACGGCCAGCGCGCUAACGAAUCUGAGCUUUAUCUAUAUUAAUCUGGGCAAUCUGGAGAUGGCGACGCACUGCCUCAAUCAGCUGCAGGAGGAGCUGGGCGCGCUGCAGACAAGUGCACUGGCCCUGGUCAAUGCCGGCAUUGUCGAUAUGCUCAAUCAGAAUCUGAGCUCGGCUGGCGAGCGCUUGCAGCGCGCCCUGCAAUUGGAUCCGACGAGCUUCGAGGCCAACUACAAUUUGGGCUUGCUGGCGCUGAAGCAGCAGGACUUUGAGCUGGCCGAGGAGCAGUUUGAGCUGCUGAAGGCUCAGCUCAUGCAGCCGCAUUCCGUGCAGCACAGUCAUGUCUAUUACCAGCUGGCCAAGCUGCAGGAGCGACGGCUGAGCAGCGCCUCGUCGGGGGGCUUCAAGUCGAGCAGCUCGCCAGGUGCCCUGCAGGCCUACCUCCAGGUGCUGGGCAUCUCGGCGACGGAUGUCGAUUCGCGUCUGUUCGAGAAGGUCGGCAGCAUGUAUGAGCAGCGACAGGAUCACCAGGAGGCCAAUCAGUACUACAACGAGGCGUACCGCAUCAACAUGAGCGACAUCAACAUAGCCAGCUCCAUUGGCUCCUACUACAUCAAGCUGCAGGCCACGGAAAAGGCGCUCUAUUACUAUGAGCGUGCGGUGCUCGCCGAUCCCAAUGAUCCGAACCUAAUGCUGCGCAUUGCCAGCUGCUUUCGCAAUUCGUAUCUGCCGCCCAAGCAAUAUCUGGGCAUGUUCGAGAAUCUAUGCCCGCUUUCCGACAAUCUCACCUGUGUGCGGGUGAUGCGCUGAUGCAGGACCAAGUCACUGGGUAUGUCCGAGCUGCACGAGCGCUAUAGCCAGGACUACGCCAGGCUGCACAAGCAGCAGCAGGAGCGCCACGAACAGCGUUACCAACAGCAGCGUCUCUCCUCGGCCACCUCCAGUCGAGGCAGCAGGAGCAGCAACCUAAAGAUGAAGCAGCAUGUGGAUCCGUUGGGCCCGCCUGCCGAACGUCCUCGCACUGGCAUGUAUCGCGCACAGCAGAGCAACGACUCGGACGAUGAUGCAGAAAUGAACGCGGACAGUUUGUUGCCCAUUUAG